AUUUUUAUCAGCGUGGUAAAUUCGGUUGUCGUUAAUUUAAGGCGAUUAGUUUAAAGUGAUUGUAAGAAGGCGUAAUGAGUUUCUAUACUUCUGGCGACGAGAAUUACUUUUCCAUCGAUGAUAUUUUGGCAACGAACGAAAGGAUUCCUUGCCGAUUGGAAUUACCAUUAUAUAAACUUGGAUUUCUCGAUUCGUCUUCUGAGAGCAAUCACCUGCUUGCUGGACACAAGAUCGACCUUCCAUUUUGGCUGGCUGAAUCCUUACACAACCGUCACAUAAUCUCUAUCGAUCUUCCCAAAGUGUAUAGAGAAGCCUAUCGUGAGAUUUUACUUGCUGAUGCAAAUGCUGUAGAUUUACAUAAAAUGGGACCAUAUUUCUAUCUGUUUGGUCAACAUCUGAUGUCGUUUCCACACAGAGAUAAAGUGGAAAUUUCUAAAAUAUUAUCAAAGACUUUUAGAACACGGUUUCGUAGAAUUAUGGACUCGUCCCAGAACUCAUUGAACGACAAUUCAUCUUGUUUAAAGUCUAAUCUGGACAGGACCGAAGAAGAACUGUUCAACGUUGGGAAAAAGGCCAUGAUGGAAUUUAAUGGUUGGCAAACACGUCAGACUGAAAGAAUUAGCACUUCUGAUCUGGUCGUCAUUCACAAAAAGCGGAAGAGGACUAAUUUAGAAAGCAUGUAAAAAUGAUGUAUAAAUAUUUUGAUACUUAUUAGUACUUUCAAUUUUAUUACAGUUUUGUUAAAUAAUUAUAGUUGAACACUGCUCUUAUCCACAAUAUUGGUGUAUAACAUGGAUAACUAAAUAUACAAGUUCAUAUUUUUAUAUUUGAUUAUUUUUGUUAUUCAUUAUCAUCGUUAAAUAUGUUUAUUAUCUAUAACAGUAUACUUAUCUAUAGUACAGUAUAUGAGUUCACCAAACUAUUAAAUUUGACCACUUUACAAUUACAAUUUGGCUAUAUUAAACUAUGGCAACUUUCAUGUCUUCAAGGAGUCAAAAACCUUAAAGUCCUAUUAACUGAAACAUUUUUAAAUGCCACAUUAUCAGAUAUGUA